AUGAGCCUCAAGCUGGUGAUCAUGUUGGAAAUGACAUCCACAAUGGUGAAGGUGAAGGCGCGGCUGACGCGGCUUAGACAUGAGGUGGAAGCUGUUACUUUUUUGUUAUGUAAAGCUAUCUUCCGGCUUGAAAGGAAAGGGGAAGAUGUCCGUAACCGAGUCCAUUGUUGCAUUAAAGGGCAGGUCCCUUUGACUCAAGCCAGUGUUGAAGAGCGUCUGGAUGAAGUCGGUGUACCGAUUGGGUCCAAAACGACUCGUAACGGGCUUUUGGAGCUUCUUGGCAAGCACAUCCAGAGAAAGCGGUUGAGAACAGAUGAAAAUCGACAACGAAUCAAAUCGGCCACUCAAAAAGCUCGCGCAAGGCAAUCCGAGAUUUCCACGCUUGUACCUCCGAACGCUCCUUCCUCCAUACCUACUGUACCCCUGGUCACACCUGCCAGCCCUCCUGCGGAUGAAGUGCAGACACCAACCACCGACUUCUGUAAAUUUAACGAUUCACAAUUGGUGGACCUGCUGCGAACUGUUGGCGUCGACACUGGUCCACUAGAUAGAGCACAAUUGAUUACUCAGUGCCAGGCUUACCAUGAGCUGAUUAUUAUCCCAGCAGACUUUUACACCAAUACGAAUCAUUCGACUACUUUCCAGACUUCCUCGGCAUUCACGUUGGAGAUCCCAUUUGGUGAUUCUCCACCAGUUCAAUCUACUAACAAUUCCCAAACAAAUCUGCCUUCGACUACGCCUCAACAGCCAUCGUUGACUACAGUAGAAAAUUUACAAUCUCUUGAAUACUCCCGCUUGAGCGAUUCAAUCAUUGAAGAAGGCUCGCCCCGGCAAACUUCUUUGGCUCUGCCUCGUGUAACACGUUCACUUCCAAAGGAGAAGGUAACUAAGAAAAAGAAGAAGAAGAACGAUCAGCGCAUUUUGACUGCACCAGAUCUAAGUCAAACGGUCUCAUCUUCAAUUUCCACAUCGGAUGACACGAGUAUUCAGAUUGGUGGAGAUGGUACACGAUCAGAAGAUCUAUCUCACUUAUCAACACGUAGGACGUCUCGGAGUUCCACUGUCAAAACCGCCUUGGGUUCAACAUCGUCGCCAGCUUUACGAGCGCCCUCAUCCAACUCAUCGCCAAAGGGUUCCAAAUCAAAACCUUCUUCGCAAGCAAGUACAUCUAAAGGUUCUCGCGUGUCCGCGAUUGUCCGACUUGAAGCAUCAGCACCUCUUUCUUUGCAUCCUACGACUUCACAGAAAGGGAAAGGUGUGGACAGGGGAGAGGUCACUUGUCUGACGUUGGAUACUCAACCAAAAGGUUUGCAAGAUCACACAAGCUCUAUGUCUCAUUCCUACGGUCCAAGUCUCUCUGAAUCGACGUCACAAACCCCGGUUCCAAACUUUCCAAGCUUAGAGCAUGGGCGUCUGGCCUACCCUCGCCCCAAGCCAACCAUGCUAAAUUCGUCUUCAAACUCGGCAAAACACAAGUCAAACAAACAUCGGUCAUAUGAUUCAGGAAAUGCAAAUCUCAAGAGCGCUUGUGGCCAUCACGAUACACCCUCUUCCACGAAGCGACCUUCCCGCUCGACCCAUAUGCCUGAAAAGCCUUCGAGCCACGCCCAGACUGCUCCUACGACCCACAGCGAUGUUGAUGAAACCACUGGAGCCCAAGAGUGGUCAAUACCUGAGCUGAAGCGCAAGGUAGCAGAGGAUGCAAUACUCAUUCGGCAACUUCGACAUCAAACAAAUGAACUUAGUGAAAGGAGCGCUGUCAAGGACAGUUAG